GGGGGGGGCGGGGGAGGAGGAGGAGGAGGAGGAGGGAGAAACAGCCGAGGUCAUUCUCCUGUCUCCACCGGUAGGGAGCGGCAGGCCGGCGGCGCUCCUGCCACCAGAGGCGCGGCUGCUGUCCAGACUGCUGGUGCUGAAAGCCCGAACAGAGGCGGUGUCCAGACUCCAGACGACUGCACCCGCCCAGCUGCUGAUGUCCAGUCACCUUCCAGGGUAGAUACGAACCGCGUUGUCUCCGACCAGCCCUGCGCAUCCAAAUCCCCCAAACUGAGAAACAAAAAUCCGAAAGGAGGCGAGGCCGUCGCGUCGACGGGCAGCAGCAAGAAGAGCUCCAAAGGCACGGUGGGAUGCGGACCGGGCUUCUGGAAGGAGGGAUGCUUGCAGUCUGAGCUGAUACAGUUUCACUUGAACAAGAGCCUCGGGAAGAAAGGGACAAAGAUGCAGACGAAAUCAGCAUCACCGCCGGCCUCAGAGCCGGAGCUGUCGCCGGAACACGACCGUCCACAGCCGGCUCCAGAGCCAGACCAGGGGCUGCAGGAUGAGAUAGAGAAGCUGGAGGAUGAAAACGAGGAUCUAAAGACUGAAAUCGAAGAGAUGCGGGCGGAGAUGGAUGAGAUGCGAGACACGUUCUAUGAGGAAGACGCCUGUCAGCUCCAGGACAUGCGCAGAGAGCUGGAGAGGGCCAACAAGAACUGUAGGAUCCUCCAGUACCGGCUUAAAAAGGCCGAGAGAAAGAGGCUGCGGUUCACAGAGAGUGGGCAGGUGGAUGGAGAGCUGCUCAGAAGCCUGGAGCAAGACCUGAAGGUGGCGAAGGACGUCUCCGUGCGUCUGCACCACGAGCUGGAAAAUGUGGAGGAGAAAAGGACAAAGACAGAGGAUGAAAACGAGAAGCUAAGGCAGCAACUGAUUGAAGUGGAAGUCACCAAACAGGCCCUGCAGAAUGAACUGGACAAGGCCAAGGAGCUUUCACUCAAGAGGAGAGGAAACAAAGACGGACAGAAGGCAGAGAGGAAGACUCCACAGACUCCAGUUGAAGAAGAAAACGAGGAUCUAAAAUGCCAGCUAGCGUUCAUCAAGGAGGAGGCCAUCUUGAUGAGGAAGAAGAUGGCAAAGAUCGACAAAGAAAAGGACCGUCUGGAGCAGGAGCUGCAGAAGUACCGCUCCUUCUAUGGGGACGUGGAUAGCCCACUGCCCAAAGGUGAAGCUGGGGGACCCCCAACCACCCGAGAGUCAGAACUCAAGCUCCGCUUGCGCCUGGUGGAGGAGGAGGCAAAUAUUCUUGGAAGGAAGAUUGUGGAGUUGGAGGUGGAGAACAGGGGACUGAAGGCUGAGCUGGAUGACAUGAGGGAGGACAGUAUGGCGGCGGCAGGUGUGGACAGCUCUGGCAGCGGAGGUCAGCAGUGCAGGGAGCAGAGUGAGGCCCUGUCAGAGCUGAGGCAGCAGCUCCAGCUGGUGGAAGACGAGGCUGAACUACUCCGCAGGAAUUUAGCAGAUGUGGAGGAAGAGAACAAAAAGGUGACAAAUGAACUCAAUAAACUGAAAUAUAAGGCUGGAUCCCAUGAGGCUGGAUCAAGACAUGGAGGAGGAGCAGCUGAACUUGCUAAAGUGGAGACCCUCCAGGAGGAGCUGAAAGCAGCACGUCUGCAGAUCAAUGAACUGAGUGGCAAAGUGAUGCAGCUCCAGUACGAGAAUCGUGUGCUGCUCUCCAACAUGCAGCGCUACGACCUGGCCUCCCACCUGGGCAUCCGUGGUAGUCCGCGGGACAGUGACGCGGAGAGUGAUGGAGGGAGAGAUGACGACACUCCCUCCGCCUCGGCUUCCUCUCCUCGUCUCCUCCCGCCCCACCGCAAGCGUGAGGGUCCUAUUGGGGGAGAGAGUGACUCGGAUGAGGUUAGGAACAUCCGCUGCCUCACCCCAACGCGCUCCCUUUACUCACCUGCAGACAGCCGUUUUUUAUCCAGAAGCCUGAAGGACCGGCAGCAUAUGAUAGACAUCCGCAUAGAAGCGGAGAGGCUGGGCCGGACCAUCGACAGGCUCAUCGCUGACACCAGCACUAUCAUCGCAGAGGCCCGAGUGUACGUCACUAACGGAGAGCUGUUUGCAAGGAUGGAUGAGGACGAAGAAGGUGGAAGGAUCAGGGAGCAUGAGCUGCUGUAUCGUAUCAAUGCUCAGAUGAAGGCCUUCAGGAAGGAGCUGCAGAGCUUCAUAGAUCAUCUGGAUGUACCUAAGCAGGAGGACAAACAGGCCGACGAGCCACUGUCUAUGUUUCAGCCCAUUAUUUUGCUGAUUCUCAUCCUUGUUCUGUUUUCCUCGCUCUCUUAUGCCACCAUCUUUAAAUUAGUAUUCCUUUUCACCCUUUUCUUUGUUUUAUAAAGCCCACUUUCA